GUGGACGAGAGCCGUGACAAGGAAACAGGUCCGGGCUGCCGCAUCUGUCACAGGUCCGGGCUGCAACGACUGUCAUAGGGUCGGGCUGUAACAGUUGGCAAGAAUACCUAAGUGCGUCUUCUGGCGGUCCAAUGGAACCCGACACGAUGGGGCCACAACCGACCACGGGCGAAGUGGGAGAGGAGUACGGGCCAUCACCCGAUCGAGCUCUGAGGGAUCUGAAGGAACGAAUUAGGCAAGAAGCACCGCUGAGAUGGGCUGAGCAAACCAAUGACGGAGGGCCCGACGUAAGAGGCGAACCAGUUGCGACAGAGCCGCAGGAGGCUCUAAAGACGGGUACCUCUAGCGGACGACGAGAAGCGACGAGGCGACGCUCCCCCGAGUACGAGCGGAGGGACACCAUAGCGGACAGGCACAGAGACGACUGGAGAGAGAGUUUGAGGGAUUCCUAUUGGAGGGACAGAGAUAGAGAUAGGGCGUCGCCCAGGCGAGUCUUCGACCCCCAGACAGGGGAGUCACAUACACUCCCUUAUGAGAGCAAGGAUCGCUAUAUUAUUACGCACAAGGCCUCAGAGCCUCCUACCUUCAGGGGCUAUGGUAUCACAGAAUAUCAGGAGAAGUGGGAGCUUUACGCCAGCCGGAGUCAGUGGUCGGAGGAAGAGAUUAUAGAGAACUUCCUAUUUAAUGUGGACCCAAGUCUCGGUAGGGAAGUUAAGGAAGCUCGACUGAAGGAUGGAAAAUGGACUACDUACAAGAAGAACCUCGUUGAACUUUACAAAUUGGAGGACAAUAAGUAUUUCAUCAAGGACCUUGAAACAAUGACUCAAGAUGAAGAUGAGAGCGUACGGGCAUUUGGGAUGCGUUUCCAGAAAAUCUCCGACGUGCUGAUGAAGAAGGGGAAAAUCUCAGAGGUCGAGCGUUGUACUAUCUUCAUCGGACACUUGUCCAAAGGCAGGCAGAAGAGUAUACUAAGAGAUCUUCCGCGCGAUAGGCUUGAUUUUCCAGAAGUCCUAAAGCUCGCGAUAAAGGCAGAGGCAGACGAUUACAAAGACUUGGUGUGGAGAGGGAUGAGGAGACGUGACUUCUCUCUCUACAAGGAGUAUGCCACGGAUAGAUGUCCUGAUUUCAAGGACUAUCCCUGGUCGGAGAAAUGUGAGGCCGUGGCUGAGGAAGUGAAGAAGAAACGAGACAUGGUGAAGGGAUUGACGAGACAGACCGAGACCGCAGAGAUCGCGAGCCGUUUGCGCGAGAAAGGAGGCUGGAUGAUUACCCGCGAAGCCCUCGCUAUGAGGCCGAUCGGGGUAGAGGCGACUCCCGCGGCCGAUGGGAGACAGAUCAGGGCCGACGAUAUGGAUAUAGGAACGACAGAUACGAGAGAUCGGACCGAGAUGAAUAUAGGGACGACAGAUGCGAGAGAUCGGACCGAGACGGAUAUGGGGACGACAGAUACGAGAGGUCGGGUCGAGAUGGCUACAGAGGUGGUAGGUAUGAAAGAGGAGAUCGGGACUGGGAACGACGAGAUGGGUCGCGCGGACGGUUUGAGCGCGGGGGAGAUGCGAGAGAGCAGCGCGACGAGUCGCGCGGGUGGUACAACCGAGGGGACCGACACGAUGAGUCACGAGGGCGCCAGGGGUUCGAUCUCUAGAAGCGCAGACGACAGGCCAUCUACUCUCAGAAACUCAUGCGUCUACUGUAGAGGAGAAGAUCAUAUCAAGAGGGAUUGCUCGGACCUCAAAUGGGCAAUGGAUGAGGGACUUGUCGUGCUUGACGGCCGCAAGUACGUCAAGUGGGCAGAUGGUCUGGGAGAUGUAUCGAUGUUCCCUUCGAUGAAGGAGAAUGUCGAAGCAAGGAGAGUAAAGCCGAGUAAAGAAAAGGAGCCGGUCAGAAGCCAGAGCAUCAAGAUAACCUUUCAGGGGGAUAUGGCGACCACACCCAUAAGGGUGGCAGCCACGAAGUCGGCGAGAGGGUCUACAUCGAAGAAGACUGACACGGAUUACGUGAUGACGGAGAAGGACGGGCAGCGGGUCGAUGGAGAGGAGAUUAUCCUUUCGCCGCGAAAGAGGGGAGUGAAGAAGUUUUUAAUGAAGAGUUCGCUGAACGAGAUUGACACGCUCGAGCCACUGAGGCGGUCCCUUCGGCAACCCAUGCAGUGCUCUAUUCUGGAGUACCAGGCGGCAUCGAAGCCGGCUCGUGAUGAGUUAUAGAUGAUCACGCGAAAGACUCGCAUAC